AUUGAUGACAGGUUUAUUUUGAUUCGGUAACAAAACGUAAAACCUAGAAGUUUAUUAAUGGCAGCAAUUUCAAUCUUCAGUCGCUUCCUUUUACGAUCAAAACAGUUUGCAUCCAUACGAAGCUUCCACAUGUCCUCCGCACGAGAAAGAUCUGAAAAGGUUUUAGAAGAGUUGAAAGGAAAAAAUCCGUACUUCGAAAAGUACGCUAGCAAAAUCGCCGCGGUGCAGCAAAAUUCACCAGAAGAAUUCCUAUCCCGGUUAGAUAAUGUGGAUAAAGAAAAGAAAAAGCCUAAGUUUGGACUUUCUGAAGUGCAACGUGACUAUUCGGAACUUCUCCAACCAAAAGCUCCACUCGGAACCGAAGCAUCGCGAGACAUUACGCAUCGCAAACUGAGUGAUGUUAUGCGGCUGGAGUUGAUUGAAGAUAAGUCUGCAGACGACAUCAAGCAUUUAUGGCUGGAAUAUCAUAGGGAUAAAGAUGUCAUAACGGCUGCAAUACCAGUUGAUCAAUUCAACCAAAUGAUGGAACGUGCAAAGCAGUACCCAGUGUUUAUACUUCCUAUUCCUCGAAGCGAAGGGUACGAGUUCAUAAUGCUACAAUUUGCAGCUAACACUAUUCAUUUCACGCCUUUGUUGAAUUACCAGGUCCACAAAGAAAACGCCCCUGAAUGUUUAAACAUCACCAUGUUUACAGAAUGUUCUGAUAAAGGAAUCAUACUGAUGCGGGGAGAAUAUGAUACCAAAGUUAUCAAUGCACAGGAAGCACAGUGUUUAGCAAAUCAAGUCCAACUUUAUUAUUGUCAGAAGAAUGUCUCUAAAUUGCAUCUGCUUGAAACGUUUACUAGACAUCCGGAUAAGUUCAAACACAUGGACAUCAUCGAGGAGUUGAACAAUUUGAGAAUUUAAUUAUUUUUUCUUAUGAAGGUACUUAAUUGUUAUCAGAACAUAGCUUCCUGGGAGUCCUGUAUUGUUGUUGCUGCCAAUAUAUCUUGCGAUAAAUAUACCGGGGUGCCUGCAAAAUUUUCGUUUGACUCAAGAUAGUUAAUCGUUUGAAAAUGAUUUGGAAAAGUAUUGUUCAUUAUCGUUUCAUUAGAUGGAGUGCCAAAAUCAAAUCUUCGGUCGGUACUAAUUCCAUCGAUGUUGAAAUCUUCAUCCUUAAGCAACCCAUCCAGUUUUUCCGUCAAGAAAUCGUCCCUGGCAAUUAGAUCUACAAGAAAGGUGGAUUCAUCGUACAAGCAUUGUGGAUGUUCGUGGCGUGCGAAUCUGAUUGGGGAAGGUGGAGAUGCAGUCUGCAAACGAUAGAUAUAAGUAACAAAUGACAAAACAAAGCAAGAAAAUAACAAAUUAC